CUCUCCCAUUUCUGUUGGUCCUCUUUCUAGCAUCUUCUCUCUCCUCGCGUCCACUCCCAUGGCAUCCUCGGGCGGCAGCGCCGGCCCCGGCGGUGGCGGCGCCAGUCCUCAGCUCUAUUUCUGUUACCAGUGCAAUCGCACCGUCUCGAUAACGCCAUCCCCGUCCUCCGAUCUCCUCUGCCCCGAUUGCAACUCCGGCUUCCUGGAGGAAUACGAAACCCCUAACCCUAGCCCCAAUCCCAUCUUCUCCUUCGACCCCUUCGUCUCCCCAGCGGGCGGUGGCUCCGGCGUCAGCUUCAGCUCCAGCACCGGAUUCCCCUUCAUGUUUAGCACCUCUGGGGGCGGCGCCGCUGGAACCGGAGGAUUUGACGAUCUAGCGGCCCUCUUAGCAGGUGGCGGCAGCGCGGCCUUCAACCCUGGCGGCAAUCCCGACGUCUUCAACCCUGGCGGCAAUCCCGACGUCUUCAACCCCCUCCUCUUCCUCCAGAACUACUUCCAAACCCUUAGGUCGGGCGGGGCCAAUAUCCAGUUCGUGAUCGAGAAUAGCCCCGGGGCAGGCGGCGAUGCGGCAUUCCGAAUUCCGGCGAACAUCAACCUCGGUGACUACUUCAUCGGCCCUGGCCUCGAGCAACUGAUCCAGCAGCUCGCGGAGAAUGAUCCGAAUCGCUAUGGGACGCCCCCAGCUUCGAAAUCUGCUGUGGCAGCCCUCCCUGUGGUCAAAAUUUCUGAAGAGCUCCUCUCUUCAGACUCCUCGCAAUGUGCGGUUUGUAAGGAUGCCUUCGAGAUCGGAGAAGAAGCCAAAGAAAUGCCCUGCAAGCACAUCUACCACAACGACUGCAUUUUGCCGUGGCUCGAGCUCCACAACUCCUGCCCAGUUUGUCGUUACGAGCUGCCCACCAACGACCCUGAUUACGAGCAACGGGCCCAUGGCGGAGCGGCCCCCCAUGCUCCACCCGAUCAGGGGCAGCCUGAAGCCACAAAUGAGUUGGGCUCGCAGAAUUCCCAAGCUGCGGAGAGGCGGUUUAGGAUUUCUUUGCCGUUCCCCUGGCCUUUCAGGGCUUUUGGCUCGCCCGCAGAGACGAGUAAUAGUGGGAGUGGGAAUAUCAACAAUGACAAUGAUGGUGGGAAUUCAAAUUCUGGUAACAGGGAAGGUCACAGGGACUCUGCACCCGAGACGAGGCAGGAGGAUCUUGACUGAAGAACUGCCACAUUGGGAAGUGAAGUGGGGAGUGUGUCUUGUGAAGCUACAGCCCACGCCGAACACUUCACAAAGAGAAUCACCAAACAGACGAUUUGUAGUUUAAUGUUCUGUACCAAUAAUCAUCAUAGGUAAAUGACCAUUUGUCAUCAUAGCCACUGUGAAUUCUUUUUAUUAUUUUCUCUCCUGAUUUUUCCUUGGUUCCAUCAUAUGUACAACGAAUGCUCAACCAUCUGUUUGCAUAGCCGAGCAACUCUCGGAAGGACUCGUGCUUCAAAGAGUAUCCAACCCGUAUUCUUGUUUAAUGUGAAUCA